AUGUUGCUAGUUGGUCUUGGAUCUGGCUUCUCCGGCCUGGCUUCGCCGCUGCUCAUCACCGAGCUUGCCCAUCCUUGCGAGCGUGGCAAGAUCACCGCCUUAUACAACACCCAGUACUACUUCGGUGCCUUCCUGGGAGGCUGGAUCACUUUCGGAACACUUUACAUCAACUCAAACUGGUCGUGGAGGCUUCCCAGUUUGCUGCAAUCAGCCCCUUCCUUCGUCCAAUUGCUCUUAGUUUUGCUUCUGCCUGAAAGUCCGCGUUGGCUCGUUUCGAGAGGCAAGGACGAACAGGCACUCAAUAUCCUCGCCAAGUACCACGCCAACGGUAAUCGUGAAGACCCUCUGGUCCGGUUCGAAUAUGCUGAAAUGAAGGUUUCCAUCAGGCAGGGUGAACAAAAGGGACGUUGGUCUGAAUUGUUCAAGACUCGCGGCAAUCGCUAUCGUGUGUUUAUCUGUCUCUGCUGCGGUGUCUUCUCUCAGUUCUCCGGGACGAGUCUGACGGCAUAUUACCUGCACAAUAUCCUAGAAGCCAUCGGUAUCACUAGCCCGAACUACCAGAACAAGCUCAACGGGUUCAUCUUGAUGGUAAAUAUGCUUGAGGCUUGGUUUUGGGCCCUGAUGGUAGACCGUUUUGGCCGCCGUCCGCUCUUCUUGAUUGCCUCUAGCGGAAUGUGCUGUACGUUCGCCAUCUGGAUUGCCUUGACCGCCUACCAGCUCAAGUUUCCGGACCAAGUGGGAUACGGAAAGGGAGUCAUCUCCAUGAUUUUCUUCCAUAACUUCUUCUACAACUUUGCCUGGAUCUCCCUCAACGUAGCCUACCCACUUGAGAUUCUCAGCUUCAAGAUCCGCGCCAACGGCCUAUUCAUGCAGGGCCUGGCCACCAACAUUUGCCUUGCGCUGUCUCAAUACAUUAUCCCAAUCGGCAUUGCGGCCGGCAGCUGGAAGUUCUACUUCUUUUUCGAAGGAUGGCUCCUCAUCCAGCUCGUCACCGUCUACUUCUUCUUCAUCGAAACCCGCGGCGCCACCCUUGAGGAAAUCAACCGCACUUUCGACGGCGCCGAGGCCGUCGAAGAGAUCAAGGCAAAGGCCAACGAGGCUGUUGGUGUUACGGACAUUACUGAAAUUGGUGAUUCCCACAGGAAGGGUGGCAACGAUGAUGUCGGUGUCGCGGAGGUCACUCAUGUGGACGAGAUUCGCGAGAAGUCCUCCUAA